CUGCUGCCUCCGGCAUCGUGAUCUGGGAGCCCAGACUUGGGAGAGACCUUCAUAAAUGCCCCCUCUGUGCCCAGCCCAGGUGGGGACUUUCCCCCGUGGCUGGAAUUAGCCCCCCACACCAGCCCAGAGCCGGAGCCUCCAGGUGAUGGGGAGAGAACUGGGGGAAAGUGCUGGGGACAGGCAGGAAAGUGACUUUUCGGGGACCAGUUGGCAAGUUUGUACCCGAGGGGAAGGGGCUCCCCGUGUGUCUGCGGGUCCCAGAGCAGCUGCCCUCAGGGACACAGCCAGGCUCUCACUGGAGAGCGAACGCCCCUGGGAACGGGACAGUCACCAGUUAUCCCAGGCGGAGAGGAGAGGGAAGGGUGACGCUGAAACGGGGAGCAGGAACAAGGAGGAGAGAGAGGUUCCCAGCUCCCAAACCUGCCCAGAUCCAGCCGCUGCGUCACCCCCAUGGGGCAGAUUGAGUGUCCUUGGAACAAGAGCCCCCUGGACCGGUAGCCAGGACCCGGGCAGUGUGAGUGCCACUGAAAAUCAGCUCGUGUGCUGCCUUCGGCACGUGUGCCACAGGUUGUCUACCCCUGACAGGCUGAAGAAUCACAUCCACAUUUCGCUCCAGAUCGUCCCGUCUUCCAGGAGACGGGGAAGAGAAACGGCUGUGGUGUAGCCCGCUCAGAUACCAGUGACCUUCGAGGAGGUGGCUGUGCAUUUCACCAGCGAAGAGGGGGCUCUGCUGGACCCCACUCCAAGAGCCCGCUACAGGGACACCAUGCAGGAGAAUAAUGAGACUGUGACCUUGCUGGGAACCCCUUGACCCGUUUACACCCGCGUGAAGUUGUUGGGAGAGGAGAAUCAGAGCACUGGCCUCUAGGUGUGUUAGCAGGAAAUACACCGACACAGAGAGAUUCUGAUCCCCCAGCCGGAUGUCAGCUCAAGGCCCCUGUCCUCACACCGAACCGUCUGCCCCACGGUAGCUCAGGCUCAUUGAAUCAGUGGGGCCAUUGGCAGCAGGAUGAGGAAUGACGCUCAGCUGCCGGAAAUGGAGAGCGACUGGUGGAAGAGGCUGUGGUCGUAUACGAAGGCGAACGUGACUCUGGAUCCAGACACGGGCCAUCCCAUCCUCAUCGUGUCUGAGGAUGGGAAAAGUGUGAGACGAGCAGACACGUUGCAGGACUUGCCUGACAUGCCGGAGAGAUUCGACACAAGUCACUGUGUGCUGGGCUCUGAGGGGUUCACCUCGGGGCGACAUUACUGGGAGGUGGAGGUGGGGAAUGGGAAGUACUGGGCUGUGGGGGUGGCCAGAGAGUCUGUGAGGAGGAAGGGACGGAUCAGCCCUCGCCCUGAGGAGGGGAUCUGGGCUAUGGGGAUACACGGGUGUAAGGGACAGUGUAAUGUGUACCAUGGUUUCUCCACCCCUGGCGUCCGUUUGAUCUCGAGUGAGACCAUACAGAGGAUAGGGGUUUCCCUAUAUUACGAAGCGGGGGAGGUGGCAUUUUUGGAUGCUGAUUGGAAGUCUCUGUUGUUCUCCCUCCCUCCGGCCUCUUUCCAUGGGGAGAGGAUCCUCCCUUACUUCUGGGUGCAAGGAUCCCUGCUCAGACUGUGUUCUUGAGACAAGGGGGUGGGGAGACAGAGAGUGUCUCCCUGGGAAUGAGAAAACGGGUUUCUCUAGCCUCCGACAUCCCAACCCCCGUGGCCCCGGAGGGCUCCCAUCUCUCCAAGCCCCUGGACCUCUCCUCUCCCUGAAGGAGCAAUGCUCAGCAUGCCCAUAAGGACCCAGCUGGGACCUGGCCAGAGAAUCUCAUCACAGUGGGUGUCCCCUGGCCCGUUUCCCACUGCGCUCGGUGCCUCUGGAGGCUGCCCAGGCUUGGAACCAGCACCCCAGUCGGUCCAGCACCGCCCAGGAGCGGCCACACCUGGCACGGGGCCCCCCUUAAAUCUUUGGGCCACGGAGCCCCUGGCUGGGUGACUUCUGUGGGGGAGGAGUUUGGGGGUUGGAGGCAGAGUUUUGUAAGGGGCUGUCAGAGGGGCAGCUGCUGGGUUUCAGUGAUGGGAUUUUCCGAUGCACCCAAGUCCCCUUGUAAUUCCCUGCGUGGGGUCCCUCCCUGCGGCUCUGUUGGAAAUCCCAGCUGGGCAGUGUGAGCUCUUCUCCGCGUUCAGAGCAAGCUGGAUAAAGAUCACGCCGUACGACAUCCUUGGGUUUUAUGUCAUUGGUGGCUGGCUUGUUAACCUCCCACUUGCUCACCGAACCCUUCUUGCCGUGGGGCUGGAUGGCCACGGUUUAGCUGAUGCCUUUUCAGUGGCAACGGGUCCUUGUGCCUGGCUACUAACCACCCCACGGCAUCUCCAGGGGAAGGAGGGGGCCUGGUUCUUAGUCACACAGACGCCUCUGCCACCAGUCAGGCAGUGCAAAAAGUCCUUUACUGCAUUACUGUGUGUGUCACUGUAGUGUGUAGGAGUCCCAGUUACGGACCGGGACCCGUUGUGCUAGGAGCUGCACAAAUGCAGCAAGAAAAGAUGUCCCUGCACCUGGCAGCUUCCAGUGCAAGCCAAGUGCCCAGAGCUGGAGACAGACCAACAGAGGGGGAAGGGGACAUUUCUCACACCACAAACCCCCUCUCCCAAUAUCUAUAACACACCCCAGCAUCAAACACUCUGCCACCACCUCCGUGCUCCUGGAUGCUCUGCUGUGCUCCUGGCUAGGCUUGGCUAAUGGCAAGUUUGUUUGGUUUUUAUAGACUAUUUUGACAGAGAAGAGCAACAUUCAUUUUUAA